GUCUUCUCAAAAGUACUCGACGCCCUCUUUCUCUCUGGUUCGAAAUCAAUUUUCUCUUCCGAGAUCCCUAAAAUUAUUUCAGUCUCCUAACCAUAAUUUGGUGUUUGAUCAGCUCCUUCAGCUAAGGAUUUCAAACCCAUUCUCUGAUCAUCACUUUUUCGUGUGUUAAAGUUCAAAAUUUGUUACAUUUUUUGGUUGUUUUUUGUUGUAAUCGUCGUUGUCUUCUUCUUUUGUGCUAUAAUUGUUCUUGUGGGGUGGUUGAUCGCAGUGUGUGACGUUACGAAGGAAAUUGAGAGGUUUUUGUAGGUGGAGAAGAAUUAGGGUUUGAUAGGGAUGAGAAUCGGAGGAUGAACGAUGCCGGUACUGCGUAGCGGAGUGCGCAGAGGCCGGGCAGCGAAGCAGCAGCCUAAUCUCAAUCCCAGUCAGAAUCCGAUCGAAGGGGAGGCGAUUGCGACGAGGACUAGGAGGAGGAGAGCGGCGGCGGCUGCGGCGGUGCAGGAUACUGAUAACAAUCAGGCAAUUGAUGAGAACGAAGUUGUUGCAGGGGCACCAGUGGCAGAGGUAAGACAAGUAGAGGAGAGGAUUUUGGAAGAGCCGGUUGGUGUCGGUGGUGGUGAGCCUGAGGAGGUGGCGGAGAAGCCGAUGGAUGAUUACGGUAGUGGUGCUCGGAGCGCGGACAAAGUUCAUGCCGGAGAAGAUGAAGGAAGCACUGCUCCGCUUCCCGAAAAGCUGGUUUUGUGUUGUCCUGCGGAUAAUUGGUUGCUAAAUGAAGCUCUUCUGAAAAAGAUUGCAGUUCUAUUAAGGUAG